AAACCUACAACAACAGGGCCAAGAGCACACCUACAAGGGAACAACACCAAAAGAAAGCAACCCCUAAACCAACUAGAACGGACAACCCAAAAGCACAACGUUGCAAAGGAGACCCACUAAAAGAACAUGACAACCUAAAAAGAGUCCAACAAUUAAUCAGCUUCUGAAACUUCCCUUGGUACGGCUUUCUUCCUUCUUAUCCUUCUAAUAGAUAUCUUCCUAAGAGACUUCUCCACCUUCUUGAUCAUGUUCUCCGAGGCCUUACCUGCCAAGACACAGGCAAAUUCCUUGGCGUUUGGCUUAUGACUGAACUGAUAUCUGAAACUAGUAGCUUCUCCUAUUUGUUCCUCUUUUUUUUUCUUUCUCUAGUUCUUCAGAUUGAUCCCCAAAUUGUAUCUAAGUUGCUGGCCUCACGUCCCGAUUCUCAUCGGCGGCAAAGGGGAUUUACAUGUCUUCCCCUUCUUCAUCAGUUUGACAGCGCUAGGGCUUCCCUCACUUUCUCCUCCAUCAGUCGGAGGCAUUGUUCCAGGAAACUUGAGUUCUCCAGUGGAGUCCAACCCUUGAGGAGCUUCGUCAUCCGUAGCCAAAUAACCUGCAGACCAGACCACACACAACAGCCAAAAUACAUAUCGUUUCUGAAUUCCAGAUUGUCCACGUAAAAGCAGCAUUGAUCAUAUCAAUUGCAUCAUUCUUUGAGGUACUUAUCCAAAGUCUAGCGACAUUGUUAUAACCGCUGCCCACUUCUUUCUCUACUAUGAUAGAAAUCUCAGACCACCAGAUUUUCAUAAUAUCGCAAGAGAAAAAUAGGUGAUCCAUUGAUUAUUUUUUGGAGCAAAGUAAGCGGGUUUCAUCAUGAAUUGAUUGUUUCUUAAUCAAAUUAUCUCUAGUGAGCAAUUUACUAUGAGAAAGUAGCCAAAGAAUUAUAUGCACCCUAGGAGGAACAUAUAGAUUACACAGAGCAUCAAUAAACACUGGAAUUAUCCCGCUAAAGUUAAUCACCGCAUAUAACGAUUGUGAUGUGUACAGUCCAGAACUCUGCAGCUUCGGAACCAUGGCAUCCUCAUUAUCAGAAGAGCAAACAGAGACACUAUUUGGUGUAGUUGGUACCACUGGUCCACUGCUCCAUGCAUGUUGCUAUUAAAAAUUCUCUUAAAGGAGAGUUUCAGAUCAUCCCCAUCCCACACCUCUUGGAUUGUCUUCCCCUGUUGAUCACACACAUAGUAAAUACCCCGAAAGGUAAUUGCUAGGCUGGUUUGACCAAACCAUUUGUCCUCCUAGAACCUGAUCUUAUUACCCUUCCUUACUAUCCAUUGGUAUCCCAUCUGUGCUGCCCGAGACGCCCAUAUUACCCCUUUCCAAAAAUGAGAUGUGUCUGUCUCUCGGCAGCUGACCACAUUGGAACUUUCGGUGUCGUACUUGAAAUCAAUUAUUUGUUUCCAGGUUUUGUUAUCAUCUAGAUUAUAUCUCCUUAUCUGUGAAGCUAGCAGGCUAUUGUACGUUUCUCUAAUGUUAGGAUCCCCAGACCCCAACAUUAUUUUUUGAGUGUUACCAGAUCCAUGUUAGCCAAGUGGGACUUGUGGUGCCCCUCAUAGUUCUCCCAGAGAUAGUGUGCCAUCUGGGAGUUUAUAAUUUUGAUGGCCCAAGCAGGAAACUUAAGCAAAGAUAAAAGGUAGAUUUUAAUGCUAGCUAGGCAGUUCUACCAUACCUGCAAAAGACAGAAGUCUGCCUCUCCAACCACCAGCUCUUUUAAUAAUCUUAUCAAUCACAGGUUGAAGAUCUUCUUUUUUGAGUUUUCUGAAGUGUGAAGGAAUGCCCAAAUAUUUCAGCGCUACUUUGCUUAUUUUGCAACAGACAGUUUGUGCCAAGAUAUUAGUUUGAUCUUCUGGUACAUUGAUAGAUACAAGGUCACAUUUGUUAAAGUUUUUAUCCUCAUCCCUGGCAUUUGUUCAAAAAUAGAUAAAACCCACUUAAGAUUCCUAUCAGAAUCUUCAUCAUUUUUCUGGAAAAAGCAAAGUGUCGUCCAUGUAUUGAAGACUAAUGAUCCAUCCAGGUUAAAAUCUGUUUAAGAAACCAGAAAUCAAGUUUUAGUUUGCCGCUCUAAUGAGCAUUUUGGAAAAAAACUUCAGCCACCAUAAUAAAGAAAUAAUUAUUCUGAUAACUGAUAUUAAUCCCCAUUGAUCCUCCAUGUAUCAGUGAGUGAAUUUUAUUUAACCAUUUCGAGCUAAAGCCCCUUUGUUUGAGCAUUUCCUCUAGAAAGGACAGAUCCACACUACGCUUUUUCAUAGUCCAACUUCAGAAUUAAACCCUCCUCCCUAUUUUUGUGUAAGUCAUGAAUAAUUUCCUGCAUUGUUACUACGCUUUCCAAAAUGUAUGUGCCCUUAAUAAAGGUGGUUUUAUUAGAAGAAAUCAACCUAUCAGCACAUUUAGUCAACUUGUUAGCACAAGCUUUAGAGAAAAAAAAUUAAAGCAUCAAUUUGUCAACGCUAUUGGUCUCAACUUAUUCAAAUCUGCCUCUUUUGGAAUAAGUGUGACCUAGCUAAAGUUAUGUCUAUACAAGGAAGCAUAAUUAUUAUCAAAAUCUCAAAAGAGAUUAAUCAGAUCAAACUUAAUAGUUUCUAAAACUUUUGAUAAAACAAGAAGGUGAACCCAUCAGGGCCAGGAGCACCUUUGGCAUAAGAACCAAAAACAGCCUCUUUGAUCACCUCUUUUGUAAAAGGAGAUCGAGCAUUUCAUUUUCUUCCGCAGUUACUAAGUCUUGAGGAUCCCAAAAGGAAUCAAGUAAAUUUAUGUCCAUUGUCCUCCUUUCCAAACAACUUCUUAUAGAUAUCUACCGCUAGUUUUAACAUGUCGGCGGUUUGCACAGUUUCUGUGCCUAAUGGCCCAUCCAACAAUGCAAUUCUUGUUUUUCUUGUCCUCUGAUUAGCUACCACGUGAAAGUACGGUGUUUCUAUCCCCUUCUAGGAUCUCUCUUUCUCUUGAUCUUUGUCUUGCUUUUAUUUCUUCCAAACUGUAAAUGGAAUUCACUUCUGAUUUUAUAUCUUCCAUUCUCUGGUGUUCCUCUGCGAGAAGAACUUGAGUUUCAGACAUAAUGUCCGAACACUCAAAAUCAGCAAUCAGUUCUUUUUACGCUUCUUUUGGGCAGAUUCGAGAGCAGCGUUCCACCCUCUUAAGCAUUUUCAAAGCCGGUUUUGUUUUUCUUGCCAACUGGCAGUUGCAUUUUUACCAUGGCAUGGGGCGUUCCAGGAAUCAUUAACAUUUUUAUGGCAUCCCCCUUACUUCUAGCCACCAUUUCUCAAAACGAAAAGGUCUUUGCGCCACAGACAAUUUAUCACCAACAUUAACGACCAGAGGUGUAUGGUCACUCCCUAUCCUGGCUAGGGCCUGGACAUGAGUAGUGGGGAAGUGUGCAUCCCACCAAGUAGACACAAACACUUUGUCUAACGCAGCCAUGACUAGGUUCGCUUGAUUAUUAGCCCACAUGUACAUUUGGUUGGAAGGUUUAAUUUUCAUCAAACCAAACUGAUUCACCCAAUUUGUUGAACUUGUCAGCCAGUUCUGUUUAUUAUUUGAAUUAUUCUUCUCCGAUGCAUCUCUAAUGAGAUUGAAAUCCCAAAUUAGCAGCUAAGUUUUGUUGUGUUUUAUCUAUACGAAUCAAAUCCUUUCACCAUCAGGCAGAACUUGCUUUUGCUUCCACCUUCGCCAAAGGCUUACUUGCCUUCCCUUCCCCUGGUAGUUAAGUUAACCAUACCUACUUUUAAGAAAUACCAGCUCCAUAUCCAGUCAUAUAUGGUGUGGUUAUUGGCAGGGUGUAUCUUUCAGAGUUUGGAUAUGUUCUUUCUUAGAAGAAGUCAAUGCCACACUGCGCAGGUGCCCAUGUAUUUUUUUCUUGGAUAAUGGAAGGUGCCCUUGUCUAAAAAGCAACAGAGACAAAUCACCAAAUCUACCAACCAUGCCAUACGUUUGUUGGCAAGACAAACAUCAUACCAUACUGAAAGUUUAAGUAUUCACAGUUCCCAUAUGUAUGUGUGAUGGACCAAGUUUUGGGUAUUGAUCUGAAAGGGGUUGUUCUGCAACAGACUCGGACUUGUUGAAUCCACCUAAUUGCAUGUAUAAAUAAAAACAAUACAUAAUUCCAAAUUAUUACACAUAACUAUGAUUCCAAUCAGGCAUGGAGUUCAUUCUAUAUGCACUGGCCGAUUAUUCAUAUUGAACUUUUCAUUGCUGUAGCUUUUUCUUUUCUUUAAAAAAUACAUUGCUGUAGCUUGGAAGAAACACCGGACGUUUUUGUUAUCGUUAAUCGGCUACCCUUUUCAGGCUACCCUUUUCAGAAUCUUCUUUUGUUUUGUUUCUGAAUAGUUCCAUCUCCUUGUACCUUCCAUCAAAGUCUACCCUCUUUUGCUGCAAGUCUUGCGAGGCUCCUGUAUGUAUUCCAAACAUCAGAAAACCAUCCCCAGAUCUCAAUUGUACCUAACCCGUGUAUAUCUUAUGUCAUGUGAGAUUAAGCUUCCCCGCUGUCAGAGAACAGGAAAGGUUGAAGUUAUGCUUAAUUGCAGCUUGCGGGAUAGUACGGAGUUGCCACAUCUUGCAUGUAGGCCUCCAUUUUUUUUGUUCCAUUAUAUCCAACUGGACCAGUUGCUUCCAACAUGGAUGUCAAAGUACAUUAUUUAAGCACCUCCUAAGUACACAAAAAGGUUAAGUAGAUUAUAUUUCCUUUUCUUGUUGUUGUUUGGAACAACUCUCUUGCAAAAGACAUGAACCGUACAAACACUUGAGACUAAGUUACAACUGACCUGACCUACUUGGACUGGUGCCUGCCACCAACAUCCGGAUGCCCGUGAUUUGCCUUGUGGAGAGUUCCUAAAUUAGGAGUCUCCUAGACACCCGAAUGCUCUCUGGACUAUAAAUGAUGAUAGAAGUCAAACACCAAAAGAUGAUUUACAAACGAAUGGAUUUACACCCGGAUGCGGUACAUUUCCAUCAUCGCAGUUGUAAAAAUGGUGGAAUACUGACAGAAAGAUAUAAAGAUUUGUGGUGUUGGGAUAAAUCUGCUAUUGUAAGGAUUUGUACUUUGUACAAGUCCUACAUGAUCAAUAAUGUCCAGCAAUGAACAAGAAAAAGUGCAACAAUGAUGACGCGGUGGCCACCAAAUCCCUCAACAAACUAAGCACCGGUUAAACAAGUGACCCCCUCACCAACUGAUCUCUUACAGACGAAGUCAAAACGUCCAUCGCAACUACCAUGAUUGCGAAACCUUUGAAUGAAUGACUAAUACAGCCCUCCUCUUGAUUUAGUAUACUACUCAGAAUUCACAGGAAGUAAAGUGGACCGUGACAUGAGGCGCACACAUCCCUCUGAAACCAAGAUUGCGGGAACAGCAACGCGGCAAAUGUUCCAUCCACGGGACAUCCCGUGCACGUUUGGUCCAUUGGAUCCACCAUAUUUUGUGCUUUGUGAUUCGUGAUGGAAAGUUCCAUUCAGUAUCAGGAAUCUCAAGCAUGUUGGUAUGGAACAAAACCUAUUGAUUCUGUGCACGGGACAAAUUCAUUUCUGGGGAAACAGUGGCAACCGAACUGUUUCGAGUCCCUUGUGUAUAAAAAAAAGCUUGUCAAAUCUUCUGAUUUCGAAAAUUUUACGUUACUUUUGGGAAAAGUGAUGGCGUCUCACGGCAUUCAUCAGGGAAACGUGAAGAGUCGGUGACAUAUCCCUUUUGAGUCGAGGAUUCUCUUCUCAGGAAGCCAUCAAGAACUGAUUUUGUCUGGAGCUGGAUUUUGGUGGAAUCCUCAGCAAGCUACAUUGGCGAUCGUGGUUAUCUCUCCACCCCUCGCAGAGGUGCCAAGUCAUCUCGUCUCUAUCUCUUCUUGUCUCCAUCAAAUGCUGGUACACAUUGCAAAAUACAAGGGGGCAAAAUUGGUAAUCCACCUGGAGGGGCCCAUCAGUUAAACCAUCCCCAUCUGACACUCUCCAAGCAACAUGAGCAGCACACCAACAUCCAUGAGGCAGAGCAUGGUACGGGGGAUCAAUAAGAUGAGUGAGCUGGGGGAAAGAAGCCAUCAUUAGUCAUCAGAUGCAGCAUGCACACUGUUGUUAGCGGCAGCAGGAGAAGCUGCCAGUCAAGAAAGUGGAGGAGAAGGAGAAGAAAGAUCGGAUCAUCAUUGUCGUGAUCAUCUGGAUUGAUCGAGCAGGCGGCCAUGUCGUACGAUGAGAUGUUCACUGUUCUUGGAGCUGGAGUCAUGCGCGGCAAGGGGGCGGCAGCUAGCGUUUGGAGGGGUCAGGGCAGCAACAUCACGAGGCAGAUCCUCAAGUGCACGAGGUGGCAGCUCGAGGAAACCACCGACUUCAUCACCUGCCCCUACCACUACUUCUGCGACAGCUCCUACCCCGGCGACUACUCGACCGCCGUCGGCGUCGUCGUCGCCGUCUUUGCCGCAUACUGCCUUCUCUCCGCUGCGGCCUUCACCGUGGCAGAGAUCGGCGGCGGUGCCACGGCGGCCGGUGGCGUCGGGAGGAUCAAGAGGAAGUACCUGGUGCCGUCGGGGCCCUUCUUGCUGCCGCUGGUGCUGCUGGUCCUCGCCAAGGGGCAGCGGAUCAACGCCGUCUUCCCCCUCGCGCGGUUUGGCCCGGCAUUGCUGCUCACGCUGCAGGCGUCGGCGCUGGCGUUCCGGAACGAGGCCGACGGCGACGUGCGGUACGCGGUGCUCGAGGCGUCCACCGUGUCCGGGAUCCUGCACGCGAGCCUCUACCUGGACGCCAUCGUUCUGCCGUACUACACGGGGACGGACGCGCUCCGGUGGUCGCGGUUCUCCGGAGAGUGCCCCACCUGCCUCUGCCGGAUGGAGCCGCUCGUCGUCGGCGGCCGGACCGUGCUCUACCGGGGCCUCUCCAAGACGGCGCUGGCCAUCAUCUUCGCCCUCUGCUCCAGGAUGGUGUGCCGGAUCUACGGGGAGGAGCGGCUGAGCGUGUGGACGCGGUCGGCACUGGAGAUGGCGAGCUGGGUUUUCGUGUCCGGCGAUGCCAUCUAUCUUGCUGGUUGGGCGCUUGCCGAGGGCGCCGCGGCGGUCUUCGCCGUGUACGCGCUCGUCGGGGCGCUGGUGUUCUUGUGUGUGUUUGGGAAGGUGUACAGAUUCUUGGCGUGGGCGGAGAACAGGCAGGUGCAGUGGAAACCAAGCCUUAGCUGCCACAAUGUGGUUUGAUUAAUCAUUUCCUUUUUCUUCUUCUUUUUUUUCCUUUUGCUUUGGGAGGAAAUUGUAAAGCAUAAAAACCAAUUAAUUCAGGUUUUGUGUGCAUAUAGAGAAAAUCGCAGAGUAUAAUACUGUAACCAAUUAGUUCAGGUUUUGUGUGUAUACAAAAUUACAAACUACAAGGAAACUGUAAAGCAUAUGAUCCGCAUAACCAUAGUGGUGAAGUUUCAAACUUACGGUUUUUUACUUCAUCAUUUUUUUAAGUUAUACAAAAAUUAAACUCCAAGUAAAAAAAAGUGUAAACAAUGUUACCAAUUCUUAUCCAGUGUGGGUGUGGUGGUGAC